AUGGUAGAAGCCGAAGGCAACCCCACGACGUGGAAGUUCACACAGUACGUACCUCUCUGCACGCUACCUAUCGCUGUCAGCUUUAACGGCUUAUGCUUCGGCGACAAAGGCGAUGUUGAAGAUAUAACCGAAGCCGACAUCAUCUCAACCGUCGAGUUCGACCAGACGGGCAAUUACCUCGCAACUGGUGACAAGGGUGGCCGUGUGGUCCUGUUCGAGAGGAACGAGACGAAAAAAACCUGCGAGUACAAGUUCCACACCGAGUUCCAAUCGCACGAGCCUGAGUUCGAUUACCUGAAGUCUCUCGAGAUCGAAGAGAAGAUCAAUAAGAUCAAGUGGUGCCGCCGGCAAAACGCCUCACACUACCUGCUCUCCACAAAUGACAAGACAAUCAAGCUAUGGAAGGUAUUUGAGAAGUCGCUAAAAGUGGUGGCGGAGAACAACCUGUCGCAUGAGUUGACACCUGGAGGUGGGGUUGCUGGUGGAGGCGGUCCCGUCAGGAACCCGAACGCACAGUUCCGCAGCGCCACCGACCUGAAGCUUCCACGGCUCACACACCACGACACAGUUGUUGCUGCAGUACCACGAAAGACGUAUGCGAACGCACACGCCUACCACAUCAACAGCAUAUCGGUCAACAGCGAUGGAGAGACAUUCAUUAGUAGCGACGAUUUGCGAAUCAACCUCUGGAACCUCAACAUCCAAGACCAGAGCUUCAACAUUGUUGAUAUCAAGCCGGCCAACAUGGAAGAGCUUACAGAGGUCAUCACGGCUGCGGAAUUCCAUCCGAUCAGCUGCAAUUGGUUCAUGUACGCAAGUUCCAAGGGCACGAUCAAGCUGGCCGACAUGCGCGAGAGUGCAUUGUGCGACCAGCAUGCGAAGCAAUUCGAACAGGAGGAAGACCCAUCUUCGCGAUCCUUCUUCUCCGAGAUCAUCUCAUCCAUCUCUGACGUACGGUUUUCGCAUGACGGGCGAUACAUCUUGUCACGCGACUAUUUGACAGUCAAGAUCUGGGAUGUCAACAUGGAGAAGUCCCCAGUCAAGACGAUCCCUAUUCACGAGCAUCUCCGACCAAGGCUCUGCGACACCUACGAAAACGACAGCAUCUUCGACAAAUUCGAGGUCGUUUUCUCUGGAGACGCGAAAAAUGUCAUGACUGGCAGUUACAACAACAACUUCAUGAUAUACCCGUCUGACAACGACAAAGAUACCGAGGUAGUAUUACAGGCAGAUAAGUCUGCCUUCAAAGCCAAGAAGGUUGGAAUUCCAACACCCAUGAACUCGUCGACAAGCCCGACAGGUAGCAACACAAGUAAGAAGGGUGGUUCGAGAGCCGGCAGCCCCGCUGCUGGUGCAGUUGGACAAGGGCAACGUAUGAGGAAGGAAACAGACGCAGACCAGAUCGACUUCAACAAGAAGAUCUUACACAUGAGCUGGCAUCCAUUCGAAGACAGCAUCGCUAUCGCGGCAACAAACAACCUUUUCGUCUUCUCCGCAUUGUAA